AUGUUAUUGUUAACAAUAUUUUUGUUCAUUCAUUUCAUAUCAUUUUGUGAUUCAUCAUUUUUAGAGGAAUGUAGCCAAGUAUACGAAUCAUACAAUAAAUGCAAUUUAAAUGAAUGCAAGUGUAUCCAAGACGUGAUAACUUGUACUGAUUCCCUGAUAGCUCUACAAACAUGUAGAGAUGAUGUAAAAGUAUUUAAAAGUUUAGAGUGUGAAAUAGUUAAUUCUCAAUGUUCUAAUGCUGAUAAGAAUUGCUGUCUAGAUGGAGUGUGUGGAUGCUAUAAAACAAUGAUUAACUGUAUUUUUCAACAUAAAUGUACACCAAUAAAUACAGAUAAAAAAUCUCGUUCAUUUGGAGUUUUUGCUGCUUUUAGUGGGUUUAUUGAAGUAAAUUUUGGUGAAAAUCCUACCGAAUUGAAAGAAGAUGAUUAG